UCAAUGGACGCCGAUGUUACUAUCCUAUCACAGCUGUCGUUUGGUGGGAGUUUUCUUUUCUGGCGAAUGAAUGGCGGGUAGGAGGAUGUUAUUUUCUCGUUCCUCCCAGCUGGUCUGAAAGAGCCUUCUGCAGUUGAACUUUCAAAGGGGGAGGUCGGGAGGGUUAGGUAAUACCGAAGGAAAAAGACAUUCAAAAUUAUCCAUUUCACCAUGGCAACCUCAAUCAUGAGGUGUGUUUGGAAGAAUAUGGUACCUGUACAAGUGGGACGGAUGUGCUACUCCUCCUCAGUGCCUACAACCAAGCUGUUUAUUGAUGGAAAGUUUGUUGAAUCCAAGAGCUCAGAGUGGAUUGACAUCCACAACCCGGCCACCAAUGAAGUUAUCGGGCGUGUUCCAAAGGCCACCCAGGAGGAGAUGCUGGCCGCCGUGCAGUCCUGUAAAACAGCCUUCCAGAGCUGGUCUGGGACCUCCAUCCUGAGCCGGCAGCAGGUCUUCCUCCGAUACCAGCAGCUGAUCAAGGACAACCUGAAAGAAAUAGCCAAGAUAAUCACCCGGGAGCAGGGGAAGACCCUGGCAGAUGCAGAAGGAGACGUGUUCCGAGGACUGCAGGUGGUCGAGCACACCUGCAGCAUUACGUCUCUAAUGCUGGGGGAGACUCUGCCCUCCAUCACCAAGGACAUGGACUCCUACACCUACCGGCUCCCCCUGGGGGUGUGUGCCGGCAUCGCACCCUUCAACUUCCCAGCCAUGAUCCCGCUCUGGAUGUACCCGAUGGGCUUGGUGUGUGGAAACACCUACCUGAUGAAGCCCUCGGAGCGAGUGCCUGGGGCCACCAUGCUGCUCGCCAAGCUGCUGCAGGACUCGGGCGCCCCCGAUGGCACUCUGAACAUUAUUCACGGGCAACAUGAUGCUGUGAAUUUUAUCUGUGAUCAUCCUGCUAUCAAGGCCAUCAGCUUUGUGGGAUCAAACCAGGCUGGGGAGUACAUCUACGAGAGAGGGUCCAAGAAUGGCAAGAGGGUGCAGUCCAACAUGGGAGCCAAGAACCACGGAGUAGUGAUGCCCGAUGCUAACAAGGAGAACACGCUGAACCAGCUUGUGGGGGCAGCAUUCGGAGCUGCAGGCCAGCGCUGCAUGGCCCUCUCCACAGCAAUCCUAGUGGGGGAGGCAAAGAAGUGGCUGCCAGAGCUGGUGGACAAGUCCAAAAAACUCAAAGUCAAUGCAGGUGACCAGCCAGGGGCAGAUGUCGGUCCCCUGAUCUCCCCGCAGGCCAGAAACCGUGUGACCGAGCUCAUCCAGAGCGGAGUGGACGAGGGCGCAUCCCUGCUCCUGGACGGCAGGAGCGUGCAGGUGAAGGGCUAUGAAAGUGGCAACUUUGUGGGACCCACCAUUCUGGCUAACGUCAAGCCUCACAUGAAGUGCUACACUGAGGAGAUCUUUGGGCCGGUGCUGGUAGUUCUAGAGGCAGACAGUCUUGACGAAGCCAUCGACAUAGUGAACAAUAACCGCUAUGGCAAUGGAACAGCCAUCUUCACCACCAAUGGAGCUACAGCACGCAAGUACACACAUGGAGUCGACGUUGGGCAGAUUGGUGUCAAUGUACCUAUUCCCGUCCCUCUGCCCAUGUUCUCUUUCACUGGCUCUCGAGACUCGUUCAGAGGAGAUACCAACUUCUAUGGGAAACAGGGAAUUCAGUUUUACACCCAGAUCAAGACUGUCACAUCCCAGUGGAAGGAGGAAGAUUCCACUUUGGGAAGCCCUGCUGUUGUUAUGCCCACCAUGGGACGCUAAGCACAGCUGCUACGAGAGGAUCCCCCUGCCAGACAGACACAAACACGCAUAAUACGGCCAUAGAAUCGCUGGAGGAAGAAAAUCGCAAGAAAACAAAACAAAUGAGCCUUAAUGUCGAGAUUGUAUCAAGAGG